AUGCCAACAUGUUGCGUCUCUCUCUCCGCAUUUUACGAUAGCAACAUUGUGUCGUGCCCAACUUGUUCAUGUGGCUGCCCAAGUAAUACAAGCAGCCCACAAAUAUGUGCAGAGAGGGAUGCCAUGAAUAGCUUCGAGCCUCUGGUUCGAUGUAGUGAUCAUAUGUGCCCAAUCCGAGUUCAUUGGCACAUUAUGAUGAACUACAAGAAGUACUGGCGGUUAUCCAACAUCCCAACUUCGAUGACAUGGCUCGAAGUUUCAGCUUCAACUACAAAUCUCCGAGUCUCUAUGGGACAAUAA